UGCGGCUGCCUUCAGGUGCACCUCGUAACUUGCUUUAGUUAUCAGGAUUUCGAGCUCUAUUAUUUCAGGUUUGCGCUCGUUUAGUGCCAGUUUUAAGUGUUUAAUCAAAUAUCGAACAGCAAAUCUAGGAUCAGGCAAGUAGAUUUAAACUACAGCUUGACUUUCUGCAUAUUUUAAAUUACAAUGAAGAAGAUGGAGCAUCUAUUUAUCUAGACAGAAGUUGCACCUUUUGACUUGCAAACAGUAAAAUAUCACAACGAUAGCCUCUGGUAUUAAAUAAACACAUUUGAAGUAAAUUACCAAUCAGCGACGAUUUAAUCUUGUAGGUCCACUGCAGUGCUAAACCGACCUGCAAAAGUGCAGCCUAGUAAAGAGUUAAAACCUCGCACAUCUCAUGCAGUAUUUCCAGCUGGACUUGAACGCAGCAGCAGCAGCAUUGCCUCACUGAGCUGCGAGCGGGUCUGUCAACCUGCGUCUACAGGGCCCGGCUGCACAUCAUAGGCUGAUGAGACCAACACGAGAAACGCGGUGAAAUUCUCCAGCAGCUGUUUUAUUGCAGAUCUGCAGCUCUACACGUUUGGACAAUCGGAUGUGGUUUCUUUCUCGUCUGCAGAUGGUUCACGAAGCAGGUGCGCUGUGGGGAUUUUUAAGUAAUUUGUCUCAAAGGGUUACAGUCGCGGGGAGGCUGCGCCGCUGUUGUUUGUUGUCACUUCCGGGCGAGCCUGUCGGUCAAUUAGUAGCUCACGUCGCCGGUGAAGAAGAAGAAGUUCAUCAGUGUAGAUGCUUCGUGCAGGCAGGAUGGAGGAGUUUGUCACGGAGGAAGAGGAACCGUGGUACGACCAGCGGGACUUGGAGCAAGACCUGCACUUGGCAGCUGAGCUCGGCAAGACACUCCUGGAGCGCAACAAAGAGCUGGAGGACUCCCUGCAACAGAUGUACAUCAACAACGAGGAGCAAGUGCAAGAGAUAGAGUACCUGUCCAAGCAGUUGGAAAUGUUGAGGGAAAUGAAUGAGCAGCACGCAAAGGUGUAUGAACAGCUGGAUGUGACUGCCAGAGAGCUGGAGAUCACCAACGAGAAGCUGGUGCUGGAGAGCAAGGCCUCACAGCAGAAAAUAGACAGGCUGAUGGGCACCCUGCAGACCUUGCAGGGUCAGGUGGACACUCUGACAGCUCGGGUGGAGGAGCUGCGAACUCUGGAGGAGCUGAGAGUCCAUAGAGAGAAGAAGGAGCGGCGCAAGACUGUCCACUCCUUCCCCUGCCUCAAAGAGCUCUGCACUGCACCAAGGUAUGAGGAUGGUUUCCUGUUGGCCAACCCGGGCAGUGUGGAUCUUGCUGAGAGACAGCCAGCGGAGGAGGAGAAUGAGCGCCUGAGAGACAUCGUCUCCUCCCUGCGCACGGCCAUGGCCAACGAGCGGUCCAUGAGGGAGAGCGCUGAGCGGGAGUGUGCCACCGUGCUGCAGGAGUUUGAGCGUCUGGAACAGCGUCUCCUAGGAGCAGAGGGCUGCCAGCUGCGGGUUCAGGAGCUAGAGGCUGAGCUCCAGGAGAUGCAGCAGCUGAGGAAAUCCAGGAUGUGUCUGAUUGGGGACAUGGAGGAUGGCCUGGAGACACUGCUCAACAACGGCCCUGAGACGGAUACCCCAGAGGAGGGCACUGGGCUGGAGGAAGGAGAAGGAGAGGUCGGGGGCACAGGGCAGCAGGGAGUCCCAGUGAGGAAAAGCUGCAGCGACACGGCUCUGAAUGCCAUUUCAGCCCGUGAUGCCUCAGGCAGGCGUCAGGGCAGUUAUGCCCUUCAUGCCAACGGUGUGCGCAAACGUGGCAUGUCAAUCCUGCGGGAGGUGGACGAGCAGUACCACGCCCUGCUGGAGAAGUAUGAGGAGCUGCUGGGGAAGUGCCGGCGUCACGAGGAGAGUCUGUGCCAUGCUGGGGUGCAGACCUCACGGCCUGUUUCCAGAGACCCCUCCAUGAAGGAGUACAGCAUGGUCUCGGGAGGGCCUUCGACAUCUGGGGCCGUUGCCACUCCUCCCACACCACCCCAAACUCCCUCCACCCCGGAGGCCCUGGAAGGGAUCAGCAGGCAGGUGGAGCAGGUGGACAAACGGCUCAGCCAGAACACGCCGGAGUACAAAGCCCUGUUUAAAGAGAUCUUCUCCCGCUUGCAGAAGACCAAGAGUGACAUGAGCUCCAGCAAGAGCAGGAAGAGGAAUAAGUGAGCUGGAGCUCAUUGUAACAGCUACUGAUACUACAGGCUAUGAAAACAGUGACUACGUAAGAUUUAUCUUAAUGUACCUCAGUGUUUUGAAGACAUUUUGUCUUGCAUCUGACAGCUGGUGACCUAAUGGGUGGAUGCCUGUAAUCAAGAGGUUGGGUGAUUAAUGAUGCAUAUUGCGAGCAGUGGACACCUCAGUUUGCUCUCUAGAAAGGAAGCUACACUGAUUCAAUUUGAAACUGACAAAGGUUAGAUUUCAAUAUGUGGAUGGGAAAUUGGUGAUGUGGAUGAAAUGGCUUUUUACUUUGAGUGACCGUAACUGAAAAAUAAUCAGAAUGGAAAAUUUAUUUAUGGAGAACAGUAAUUAAACCAAAUAAUAUAAAAAGAGAAAAAUAAACAGCAUUAGAAGCUUGUAUCGGUCUAAUAAACACUGAAUCAGUCUUUAAAAGCAGACAGAAAUCAAACCAGCUUUGUCAAAUUAGCAUUAUCUAAGUUAUUCCUGCAGUAGGCCCUUCAAGAAAAAGUCUUCUGUUCACUAAAAUAAGAAAUGCACUGACCAUUAUUUUUUUUGUCACAUGCUCAGCGAGGCAACAUUUCACAUCAUACAACAGGUUGAAUAUGAAGUACUGAGUGUUAAAAAAAAAAUUAGAUCAUAUGUGUUUGGUUGAAUAAAACAAUGGAAAACAUGCAGGCCCAGUCUGAACACUUUAAUGUGAACACAGGAGAUCAGUAAACUGUAGGUAAUACAAGUAGCACACAUUGAGUCAAACCCAACCCACUGAGAGAAACAUCAGUCCAUGACAGCAGAUUUAUGGAGUGUAUUUAAAAAAACAAAAAAAAAACAACAA